AUGCAGGGCCUUGCAGGUGGGAGCCGGGUUCCCCUGGGCCUGCUCCUGAUCUGUCUGUAUCUGCCAGGCCUCUUUGCACGGAGCAUUGGGGCACCAGAGGAGAAAAUCUCCCCACAUUCUGGAAAACCUUCCUUCGCCAGCCUCUUCAAGCUUGAGACAGCGGGCUUGGGACAGCCUCAGCCCAAGCCUGACCUUGUGAAUCACGAACCACCGCGGGUUCUUCCAAGGUUCCCUGGAUUCUCACAAGAUGGCGCUCUACCUGAGGUGCCCAGCCAGCCUCCCUUCUGGGGGGAGUACCCCAUGGAGUUCUGGCUCUCCGAGGAGGACCCUCGGCAAGGAAUGGGGGCUGCUGCCGAGGACCGCUUGGAGCGAGCGCUGCCAGAAGCGCUGCCAUACCUUUCCAGAGGCAGACCUCUUCCUAUGGCUUCCUCCGCAUACGAAGCUUAUGGACCCGAGGACUCAGAGUCUGUACAGCCUGGUUCCAGUCCGCUGAGAACCGAGGCAGAAGCCUUCGCCCAGCACCCGUUCUUGUACUUCAUCCACAGAUUACUGCCUGGUUUUCCUUGGGGGAUUCUAAGUCCCAGUGCAUCUUGGGGAGCUGGAGGGGCAGGAACUGGGUGGGGAAGAAGGCCCAUGCCAUUCCCUUCUGGAAUAUGGGGUAGCAAUAGUCAAUUAGCAGGUCGGCGCCCAGUAGUCAGUUGGGGGCCCAACGGUCCGUAUCCUGCAGGCAACUGGGGGGGUAAUGGUCGGUAUCCUGCAGGAAGUUGGGGGGGUAAUGGCCGGUAUCCCGCAGGAGGCUGGGGGGGUAAUGGCAGGUAUCCUGCAGGAAGUUGGGGAAGUAAUGGCCGGUAUCCUGUAGGAAGUUGGGGGGGCAAUGGUUGGAAUCAGCUUCCUCCAGGAGUCCGUCCUCCUGGUAGAAAUCAGCUUUCUCCUGGAGUCCGACCUUCCGGUCCCAAUCAGCUUCCUCCUGGAGUCCGACCUUCUGGUCCCAAUCAGCUUCCUCUCGGAGUCAGACCCCCUGGCUCUUCAGGGAGCCUCCCAAACCCCAGUUUGCAGUGGGAAUAG